AUGGCAGUGGAAGAAGCAAGAUUGUUCGCAAACAACUUUUGGGGCAAAGACGAUGCAGGGUACAAUGUACUCAUGCACAAAAUGAACAUGGCGAAAAAAACCUGCGAAGAUCUUAGAGCAUUGUAUAGUGCAAAAGCAUCUUUGCACGAGGAUUUUGGCAAAAAGCUAGCCAAACAGACCAAGAUGGAACUCGGACGCGAAGAAACCGGUACGCUCAAGAUACUAUUCGCGUCGGCGCAAAAGGAAAUGGAAGCAGCAGCUCAAGCCAACAUUGAGCUUGCGCAAAAAAUUCGUAGCGAGUUAGAAUUAUCGAUAGAAAAUUUUAUAUUGGAGCAAAAAGAUCGACGAAAGCUAGUGCAAACAAAUGUUGACAAAGCGCAUAGAAACAAACAGCUUCACGCUGCUCAUGUCGCAAAGGCAAAAGAGAAAUACGAAGCGGAAUGUGCGAAACAAGUCAGUUUGGAAAGCCAGCUGACUUCUACGUCGGUUGGAUACAGGGAAGCAGAUCGACUUCGUCAGAAACUCGAACGAAGUCAGAAUGAGAUUAAAACUUUGGAGAAGGAAUACAAGAAUGCCUGCAGCAAGCUUGCCGAUGCCACCGCCACUUGGAACAGCGAAUGGAAAGUUGCUUGUUAUCGGUUUCAAGAUAUGGAGGAAAAGAGGAUCGAGUUUCUUCAUCAUAGUCUUUGUAUUUACGUCAAUAUCUUGUCCACAGCAUCUGGGCAAGAUCAAGAGUCUUAUGAGCGCUUCUGGAAGGCCCUUGAUCAAUGCAAUCCAAAGGCAGACAUCGAGCAGUUUAUUGAGGAAAGGGGGACCGGAAACAUGAUACCAGAGCCACCCGUCUAUGUCGACUACAACGAUGAUCCAGCAAAGACGUUACCCAGAUACCAAAUAGCUCAAUUUACUGAAAAUGAUAAUAAUUUUACGACUACAACAACAGCAACAGCAAUAUACAAUGUACCCACAUCAUCCACAUUGACUGGAACUAUAAGCAGUGUUGCCGGAGGAGCAAUAACCAAUAUUAUCAAGUCAACAGCCAAACGAUCCACCAGCUUUUGUGAGCCGAAACGACGUUCAUCGACUCGAUUAACAAAGCAGUUACCGCCAGUAGUACACCAACAGCCGCAACAACGAUCAUCGGCAAAGGACGAGCAAAUUGUAACACGAUUAGAUAACCGUCGAGUCAACCUGUACGCCAGCGUAAAUGAAAAAUUAAAAAAACCUGCACCCGCUGCUGCUGAUGGUACUGCUACUGCUACUACUAUACACCAACAUUGUCACGAAGAGGAAGAGGAAGAAUCCAUUGAUCCGCGGGCACAAGUAGUGGUUUCUAUCGGAAACAACAUGUUUUCCGUCGACAAUCAACAUACCGUAACGACAGACACUACUACAACCGCUCCCCGCAGAUCUUCGAUACGCUCCAAGACGAAAAGGCGAUCCACGAGUAGCUUAUAUCAUGAACACCAUGCGGAUAUGGAGGAAGCAUUCAGUGACUCAAUCAAAGAUCUAUUACAAGAAUUAGGUGUACAGCAGCAUCAACAACAACCAUCAUCGACUACAAGGGCAGCAGUGGAUAAGAUGCGGAGGCGACAGAGCCUCAAUAACAGCAGCAAUAAUAUCAGCAAUAAUGGCCAUCAACGCUAUUCAAUGGAGGCUACUACCACUGCCGAGUCCAUCACUGCUAGUGCCGGUAUGACUGCUGCCGCCAAUACUCCAGUGAUAACGACAACAACGAUGAGCGGUAACCGUAUGAUAUGGGCUCGUGCACUCUAUGACUGUUAUAGCGAACGGCCAGAGGAUUUGAGCUUUACUAGAGGACAGUGGCUAGCUAUUGUACGUAAUGAUGAUCUCCAAUGGUGGCUCGCUCAUAAAUGGGAUGAUGCGAGCGGUAGACUUUCUGAAACAUGCGGCUAUGUCGCAAGCAACUUUGUACAGAUCUGUUAA